CCCGGCCGGGAAGCGGCAGGCACGAAGGGCUCGGGGAGCUGCGGAGUCGCAGGAUGAACAAAUACAGACCAGUCUGUAAGAUAGGAGAGGGAACGUUUUCUGAUGUUCUGAAGAUGCUGAGUCUUAAAGAUGGAAAGUACUAUGCGUGUAAAUGCAUGAAACAACACUUUAAAAGUAUUGAACAAGUGAAUAGCCUGUGUGAAAUACAAGCCCUGAGGAGGUUGAGUCCACAUCCUAAUAUCCUUACGUUACAUGAAGUUGUUUUUGAUAGAAAAGCUGGCUGCCUUUCACUGAUAUGUGAACUUAUGGAUAUGAAUAUUUAUGAGCUGAUAAAAGGACGGAGAAAGCCAUUACCUGAAAAAAAAAUAAAGAACUACAUGUACCAGUUAUGCAAAUCUCUCGAUCACAUACAUAGAAAUGGGAUAUUUCACAGAGAUGUGAAACCAGAAAACAUAUUAAUAAAGCAGAAUACCCUGAAGUUGGCAGAUUUUGGAUCCUGUAGGAUGAUAUACUCAAAGCAGCCAUACACAGAAUAUAUCUCCACACGCUGGUACCGAGCACCUGAAUGCCUGCUUACAAAUGGCUACUAUAGCUACAAAAUGGAUAUAUGGAGCGCUGGCUGUGUUUUCUAUGAAAUCACAAGUUUUCAGCCUCUCUUUCCUGGAUCUAAUGAUCUGGACCAAAUAUCAAAAAUCCACGAUGCCAUCGGCACUCCUGCCAACAGGACUCUCAACAAGUUCAAGCAGUCAACAAUUCUGAAUUUUCAUUUCCCUUUUAAAAAAGGAAAAGGAAUACCUCCUAUGGCGCACAGUUUACCUGCUAAGGGAUUAACUCUCCUGUAUGCAAUGAUAAAAUACGAUCCUGACGAGAGAAUUGCUGCCCAUCAAGCACUGCAGCAUCCUUAUUUUCAGGAGCUCUGGGCAGCUGAUAAACAAGCUUUGGCCGCACAGAAAAAAGUAAAAACAGUAGGACAAGUACCUCUGCGUUUGUGGCAAACUUCAAAGGGAACUCAACGAGAGCAUUCUCUUAGGAAAGCCCAGGAUAAAGCAAAAUGUCAGCAUGGACUUCCUUGUGGAGAACUGCCAAUGCUCAGCCCUUCUGCAGCAGCAAACCUGCCUCCCCCUUCUACACCUGCUUCACAUUCAGUUUUUCCUGCAGCUGAGGAAAGCGGUGAAGUCUCUGUGCUGCAGUCCAUUAGAUCAAUCGGAUCGAGUAUGGAGCAGUCUGAGAAAAAGAAGACUUGUAAGUCUUCGCUGAAACAUUGCCACUUACCUGCUAUAGGACGGGGAGGAGGAAGUUAAUGACCACUUUUAAGAACCCGAUGGAAGAAGGGAUUGGUUAAAAAUGACACAAGAGGAUUUGCUGAGGUUCAGUGUUAGGAGUGGAAUGUUACCUACAAAAUACAAGUUUCCGUAUUAGAUAAUAAAUGACCACUAACUUCUGGAAGGUAUUUACCUCCUGUAUUUAAUGACUUCAACCUCAAGCUUUACUGAGAACUUGCAGAUUAUGCAAACAUAUAUUUGAUUAUGAUACAGUUAGUGUAACUGGUCAGUGUUUUUAUAUACCUACCAGUUACAAGGGUAAGCAACUUUUUAUCUGGUUCAAAAGCAAACCAGCUGAGACUCUGCUCACAUACUUGUCUUAGUGGAGGAAAUGCAGUUUGACAGUAGGUCAGAGAAAAGGGAGACUUAAACAGCAGAAUGCAACAGCACAGGUAGAAGCUGUUUCUCAUUGUAGUUUGAAAGUCAUACUGGGUGAAGGUCAUCUUUCUCCUACUUCUAAGUAGAAAAUAAUUCCUAACCUUGAUUAUAUCAAAAGUGAGUGUGAGUACAUGAAGUCACGGUGACCAGCUGAGUUCUACUGUCCUGCUACUGAUAUUCAUCUUUGUAUGUUAGAAGUUCAUACUGUUCAGACCAAACAGGUGGAGAGCUUUAACAGCAAUAAGGCAAUCCAACAUUUGUUUGAAUUUCUAGCAUUGGUUUAGACACCAAAAACAAAUAGGAGGUGUGAUGCUAAGCUUGGCAAGGACUGCAGCUCUACAGGCAACACAGUAUGAACAGUCACCUCUGACUUAUUACAGUUUUUGCUUUGAGCUUAUCCAGUGGUUUGUGCUUUUUUCCUCAGGAGCAGAUGAUGAAGAGAAAAGGUUAUCAGACUUUGUGUAUCAGCAGCAGUUUUCUCUCACAUCAGUGUUUGGGGCUGUUGGUCCGUUAGAAUGGAAAAGAAGCAGACUGCUUUUGCUAUGAAAAUUGGGUAUUUCAUAUGAAGCUUUACUGUGGAAUGUUUUCUUCAUUUAUUUUAAGCUUUCAGGUGGAUUUGGCACAUUUUGGCGCAUGCGGUGCUUCGCAGACAGUUAUUUAAUAACAAGUUCCUUACUAUUCUUCUGGAAACCAAAUAUAGUUCUCUGACUGUUGGAUUAGGGGGCAAACAUGAGUUUUCCCACUUGCUUUCUAGUUAAAAGACAUUCAACUUUAAAAUAUAAAUUGGCAAGUGUUGUUCCUAAAGUUCUGCGCUGAGAUGAUGUGUUUCAUUAUUUGCUUUAAGCUGUCAUUAUUUCUUUCCUACCACGUUAAGAGCUACACCUUUUGUAAACCUCUGCGUUAUUUCCAGGUUAAGUUGUUUUCCUCUUCCUCCUAAAAUCAGUUUUUCCACAGUGGAUGAAGGAUGGGGGGGUGGGAGGCUUCCAGGUGAUGGCCAAGUGGGAGAGAGACUGCAAGACACCAAAAGCACUUGUGGACUCCUUGAACGCUGUUCAACUACGACUGGUAGCAGGAUGUGCUCUGCGAACAGGUCUGUAAGUAGCUGCUGUUAUUACCUGAUGUUGGAUGUUGUGGUCCCUACAGCACUGUUAUGUGGGUUGUUUAUUUUCCCUACAGCUUUCCCUACAGCUGUUAAAUCACAAAAAGCCUUUUAAAGGCCUUUAUUACAUCAUUUCCUCAACUGUUUCACUUUGACUCAGGCCAUAUGAAGCACUCAAACAAAGAAUUCUCCUCCAGGGAGACAGAUACGUUAGUUUCUGGUGACGAGGUUUAUCUGUAUUUUAGCAGUUAAACCCAACACGUUAAUAAAGCAGAACUUCUGAACAAUAAUGCUGCUCAGUUUCAGUAUUUUCCCCAUUCCCAGUAUUUUAGGAAGCCCCAAGUAUAUGAGAAUUGUAAAGUAUGGUUCUGCCUUUAAAUGAAGUAGAUGAUCCAAAUGCCAGUUUAUAAAUACAUCUGGCACUUCCUUACAUGCCAUCUGCACAACAAGAAUGAGUGAUGCAGAUACAAGCAGCACAGCUGUUUUUCUCCAAGUUUUCAUUCCUCUCCUGCCUAAAGGUGCCUAAUGGUCACUCGCAGUUAAAAGCGUUCCACCCAGCUCUGUGCAGGGAGCAGGACGGGCAGUUGGUGCUGAAUUAUGGCCUUGUGCAGAGCCUGUGCCUGCUGUCAGCUACAUCCACUCUCACACUUGUGGCCUCAGCUCUGCUGACCCAAUCUGCAGCACUGGCCAAGAGGCUGCGUGUUUCUGCACGGCACUAAGAGCUGCUGGGGACACGGGUUAUUGCUGGGGCUUGAUAUAAGGCAGCAGCUCUCUGUCUUUUAUUUCCAAAAAACAGUUUAAGUGUUUUGUUACUAGCUGACUUAAAUUUGUGUUUAGAUAAGCAGCAUUAAACUAUACGAAUGUGUGGAGAGGUAUUUCUGUAAUAGUUAUCCCCCUUUAAAACUGCUUAAUUGUAAACAAGGUGCCUAUAAAAGGGAGCAAUAAGUGUCUCAAAGCCGUGUCUUCUGUAUGCUGACACCAUUCUAGUUUGCCAGGUCAGAAGGUGGCUGUGUCUGCGCCCGCUGGAUUAUUCACUCCUCAACUCCCAGGACAAACAGGCAGCAUUAUGUGCUUACCAAACCCUCACCCCACAAAGCCGUCUGUGAUGGGCUUCGAGAUAAACCACGGAGAACGAGAACGGACCAAAGUUACUUCAUUUUCCUAGUCAAAAUCCAGCCAUAUUAAACAUGAAGCAAUGUUCCAGGAUCUACCAGCUUAGUUUCUUACCUCAAAAACAAAGUUCCUGUGACUCAGAUCCAUCAAACCAGACAUGUUUGGGCAGCAGUUACACACAGUGCAGAACUAGGGCACAUCUUCAGAAUCUACAGGAGCUCUUUCUUGCUUGGGUCCCAGAACUGAGAAGUCACAACUGAUGGAAGAAAACCCUGAUGACAGACAGAGGUGGAAGGGGGACUGGAUGGGCUGGGCUCAACACAGAGUCACUGCAUUUUCAGCAAGAAGAACAAGUUUUUUUGUUAUCAGUUAUGGAGUAACGAGAGGGCAAAGUUUUCAAGCAAACAAACUCCUGAAGCACUCCUGAUGACUUUUACCAACGACUGCAAAGCAAGGAAGACAAAACAGAACUCUAUAGUUCAUUUACCGAAGCCUUCUUCAGAAGUCAAUUAAAUCCAGCAACAACUAGAAGGUCUUUCUUGCAAGAAGAUUACAUCCACUACGCAAAAUUCAUGUGCCCUGGAAAAAGACAUCCACAAGGAAUUACUUCCAAUCUUUAAUAAGAAAGACAAAUGGAAAGCAAGAAUCAAGGUCAGGGCUUCAGGUGUGAAAGUUCUACAGCAUUCCAGGUAAGAAUUCCAGGUGGGUCCUGAGUAGCAAGAAGGAUUCUAUGGAGCUUUGCCACAGUAAAGAUGCUUUAGGAAGUCUUGCUUAGAAAAGACUGCUCCAAAAAAAAAGUUUUGGUACAAGAACUACCGUGUCAGACUGAUCUGUAACACAAAGGCUGUGGGACUGCAGUAUUUCUGACAACACUCUGCAUGUUACUACAAUCUCCAAAGUUCCUGCAUGGAAACAAAGGAUGAAGGGAUCAGAGCACAGCACUUUCUGUGGUGAAACCACCCUGCCUGGGCAGCUGGGCACUGAAGGAUGGAACAAAACCUGCAGCACCUCAUUAGAGCAACAGAAACUGCUGCCUAAUAGAUGCGACAGAGAAAGGGAACAAAGGAGAUAGUGCGGCUGCUGACCUGUGCUGAAGGGCACACACCACAGCUCAGCUUGGUUUAAGAGCAGGCCGCACUCAGCACGCAACAGAGACAAACCAAGAGAUGGUUCCAAAAAGUUCUGACAAUAAAUGCAGCCUUUUAUUAGCACUGUUAUUUUGUCAGCACGUGAUGCCAGCAGGGGGUGAGAAACAGAGCGGUUACAAAACUCAGAUCAGGAACUGGAUAAAACCACCUCCAUCACAACCUCAAAUAGAGCCCCAAGGAGGUGCUGCAUCACUGCUGUAACACUGGGGCUCUCCGGCAGAGGGCUGGGUUGUUUCUCUGCCAUCAGUUAGCAAGGCAGGAGCAGCACACACGCUGUUUCAGGGCACACUGCCACACCACAUUGAUCCACGCAUUCUCUGACGUCCCAGCACACCUAACGCUUUGAGUAUUUAGUAAAAACACUGAAGGCAUAUUGAUAGGCUUGCGUGGGAAUAAAAGGCUGUAACAAAUGCAAUCAAAAUGAUCCCCAUCCUAUUGCACAGCUCUCAGCCCUGUGGUCUCUUGGGAAGCAGCCCUUGCAAUUCCUGAGAUGGCAGGGAGUUGUUUGUCUUUUUCCUCAGAUGAUUAUACAAAACACAAAGUUUCCCAAUGGAAACAGUGCGAAAGAUCAGGAUGAGACACUGAAUGGAAAAAUACAUCAGGAAUAAAAGCCAUCAGUAACUAGAGAGUUGAUAUUUUCUUUAUAUAAAAUAGUAAAGAACCAACUGGAACCAAAGAUGU